AUGGGUUCGAGCUGGAAUGAUUGCUUCCAUCAGGAAGGAGCACGCCUAUACCGUCGAGACCCAUGUGCCAGAGAGUGUGAUUUCAAUUCAUCCUGGUGCAUACUGCAUCCUCCGCUCACGCCACCUCCAGCUUUCUCGGCACCGAAGUUUAACGAGCUGAUCAUUUAUGAGCUUCAUAUUGGCAGCUUUGUUUCCGAAGCGGAUGAAAGAAGAGCCUUCGCGGCUACAGCUGAGAAGCUUGAGCACAUAGCAUCUUUAGGCUUCAACUGCAUUCAGUUCAUGCCAACAGCCGAGUUUGGUGGCAUUUGGGGAUACAACUCGCGCCAGCUUCUGGCAGCGCAUGGUCCUUGGGGCUCAGCCGCCGACAUGCACACGAUGGUGCAGCGUGCGCACAGCCUCGGUAUGGCGGUGCUCUUUGACGUUGUGCUCAACCAUGGCUCGUCGAAGAUGAACGUGCUGUGGAACUGGGAUGGAUACGGACCGGACAACUGUGGAGGAAUUUAUUUCGAGGGUGAGAAGGACACGCCUUGGGGCAAGCGCUUUGCAUUCCACAAAGCAGAAGUGCAGGAUUACUUGAAGCAGGCAUGCCGGACUUGGAUUGAAGAGUACGGUGUGGAUGGCCUGCGAUUUGACUCAGUGCACAACAUGCCCUGGUGGCUUCUGCAGCAGCUCACGUUCGAGAUUAAGGCGCACUAUCCCGAGAAAAUCCUCAUUGCGGAGAUCACGCCUGAGAAUCCAAAGGUGCUCUCCGACGCAGGGUUCCAUUCAUGCUGGCUGCACGCGACACAUUUUGAUUCUGUAAAGAUCAUGAAGGGUUCGGACGGUGGGGAUGAUCCCCGCAAACGUCUCGGCAUGCUGAAGAACAUGGUUGCACCUCAUGGGUUUGGAAACAUCGGUGGUGUGCAUUCCCUACUUGGAUCGCAUGACCAGAUUGGUGACAGACACAACGGAAACCAGGACGGGCAUGGGACCCACCGUUACUACGUCAGCCGUUUCGGCGGCAAGGGCAACUGGCACGCCCGGGCGCAGUGCCGUGCUUGGUUUGGAUUUCAGAACUGCUGUAAAGGUCUUCCGAUGACCUUUAUGGGAACGGAGAAUCUCCAAGAAGACUGGUGGCAUGUCGAUAAGCACCACCGUCUGAACUGGGGGCUUCUUGAAGGUGGUGAUCCGCAGACGGCUGAAAUGCGUGCAUUUGUAACGGCUUCCAAUAAGCUUCGGCUAUCCUGCGAGGCCCUCACCAGGGACGAGAUCAAAAUUGUGCAUGAGGAUGGUGGCAGCACCGUCUUUGCAUUUAUGCGCUGGACGCAGGAGACAGCGGCUCUGUGCAUUGCGCAUUUGGCCGACUCUCAGUGGGAAAACGACGGCUACGGGGUCAACACUGGCUGGGGUGGAGGCCCUCUCCCGCUGCGCUGUUGA